UUUCGCUUCAAGAAAAAGAAGCUCCCCGAGGGGUCCGUCCGACGAUAAUCUCGACCCACCCGUAACAAAUCUCGGCCGUCCAUCUCGAAUCAUCACUGGCCCCUGCUGGCGCUGAUAAAACCAGAGCCCUCCCCUUCCCGGCCUCCGCCUCCUCGCACGCUCUCCACCGGUCCGCCCCCAAAUCGCACAUUCCUCUUCUCCCACCUCUCGCCGCCGCCGCCUCGCCAUGGCCUCCACGGGUCCCGGGCUCUACACCGAGAUCGGGAAGAAGUCCAGAGAUCUCCUGUACAAGGACUACCAGACGGACCAGAAGUUCACGCUCACCACCGUCGCCGCCAACGGAGCCACAAUUACUGCAGCAAGCACAAAGAAAAAUGAAGCAAUUGUUAGUGAGAUCCAGAGCCAGCUGAAGGGCAAGAAUGUGACAGUGGACGUGAAAGUAACUUCAGAAUCAAGUGUAAUAGCCACUGUCACUGUUCCUGAGCUAUACACACCAGGCUUGAAGGGAAUGUUGUGCGUUCCUAUCCCGUACAACAAGUCAGCAUCUGGAAAGGCUGAACUCCAAUACUUGCACGCCCAUGCUGGCAUCAAUGCCAGUGUUGGCCUGAAUGCAAACCCUCUGGUUAACCUUUCUGGUGUACUUGGAACUAAAGAUCUCGCCUUUGGUGCUGAUGUUGCUUUUGAUACCGCCUCUGGGGACUUCACCAAGUACAAUGCUGGAGUGAGCCUCACUAAUGAAGAUCUUACCGCUUCCGUGGUUCUGAACAACAAGGGGGACACUCUGGCUGCUUCCUACUACCAGCAGGUGAAGGGUUCCACGGCUGUUGGAGCUGAGCUUGCUCACAGCUUCUCGAGCAACGCGAACACCCUGACCAUUGGGACGCAGCAUGCUCUGGACCCCCUGACCACGGUGAAGGGGCGUUUCAACAACAACGGCAUCGCGAGUGCGCUCAUCCAGCAUGCGUGGAGGCCCAAUUCUCUCGUCACCGUCUCCACCGAGUUCGACACCAAGGCCAUGGAGAAAAGCCCCAAGUUUGGGCUGGCCCUGGCUCUCAAGCCUUGAUUUGGGGUUUGGUAUGCUUUAGUAGGAUGCUAGCUCUCAGCAGCUCAGAGUCCAGCGAAGAAAGCCUGGACAAAAACUUUUAUGUGAUGCCCAACCUUUGGUGAUGCUACAAACUUAUUCGUUGCCCUUAAUUUAGCUUGUUUCCGUUCUACAUGAGUGGCUUGGCACGUACUAGUUGUAUUUUUUUGGUGUUGACUGGCGUAUUGGCACGCCUUGAGAUCUGAAAGCCAUCAAGUUACUAGCA